GACACAACACAACACUCCAUUAAGGUUGAAGACAACAUGUCGUUCUCAUCAAUCAAAGCACUCCUCGCCCAAUACUCUCCCGUCUCCGAGAGCUCCUUCUCCGACGCAGAGAAAGAAGCCCAGAUCCCAUUGGGACAAGACAAGGAUCUUGAACUCUCCAGCAAUGGCGACACUCCUGCGCCGUCUAGUCGCCCCGAGAAGAAGAGCUGGGUAGAUGCACGAGUUAUAUCAGACGCCAUUAUCGGAUUAUCCGAUGGGAUGACGGUUCCGUUUGCCUUGACGGCCGGUUUAUCGACACUCGAAGAUACCAAAGUCGUCGUAUUCGGAGGAUUGGCAGAACUCAUUGCCGGUGCUAUUUCCAUGGGAUUGGGAGGAUAUCUCGGAGCAAAGAGUGAAGAAGAAUCAUAUCGAGCAACCCUCAAACAAACCCGUGAACAAACCCUCUCCGACUUUGAUGUCACCACAACCAUCAUCUCAGACAUCUUCGCCCCUUACGACCUCCCCGCCCAAACAGUCUCGGAUCUCACAAAACAUCUCGUCGAUUCACCGCACUUACCCAACUUCCUCAUGAAUUUUCAUCAUACUCUCCCCGAACCUUCCGGUUCCCGGGCCGUGACAUGCGCCCUCACAAUUGCCUUGGGUUAUUUUGUCGGCGGCUUUGUGCCGCUCGUGCCUUAUUUCUUCGUUGGUCCCGAGGAUGCUUUUAGUGCGUUGAAGUGGUCUAUUGCCGUCAUGGCUGUUGCAUUGUUUGUGUUUGGGUAUGGAAAGACGUGUUUUGUGGCUGGUUGGAAGGGGAGAGAUAAUGUCAAGGCGGGUGUUUAUGGGGGUGUGCAGAUGGUGAUUGUGGGUGGUGUGGCUGCUGGGGCGGCUAUGGGGUUGGUUAAGUUAUUUCAAGUUUUGGCGCGAUAGGCCAUGACUGAAUGUUUGAAAAGCUAUGAUUUCAAUGGUGUUAUGGAUAUGUAAUGUAUGGCGUUGGUUGGCAUGGCGUUAGGACAGUUUCUGAUAGAAUACUAUUACGAAUGGACCGAAAUUUGGACGUGAGGCUACUCCAUAACCGUC